AUGCUCCCCACACUUGACCUUGUGAAGCUGACCGCCACAGAGAACCCGGUCCCAAUCAUCGGAUUCAUCUCCGCCUGUGUGAUAACACUAGUUGUGCGCUACCUGAGGAGUCCCUGGCGGCGACUACCAGCUGGACCCUGUGGCUAUCCUGUCAUCGGGAACGCACUUCAGCUAAAGGAUAGUCAAUGGCUUCUAUUCAGCGCCUGGCGAAAGCGCUAUGGUGAUAUGUUUUAUCUGAACGCUGCCGGGCAACCGAUUGUCGUCGUCAAUAGGCACGAGAUCGCGGCUGACUUACUUGACCGCCGCGCCGGCAUAUACUCAGAUAGACCAGCGAACAUAGUCGGGGGCGAUAUGAUGACCGAAGGGUUAUUGCUUGGCUUUACCCAUUACAGUGACCGCUGGCGCAGGAUGCGUAAAGGCGCGCACGAGACCGUCAACAAAGUCGUCGCCCAUGGACUCCACGAAUACCAGAUGUCCGAGGCACUCGCACUUGCGAAAAGCGCGUUGCUCAAUCCGGCUUCUUGGGAUGCCUAUCUGCGGCUAGCUUCUGCGAGUCUGAUGCUAUCGAGUCUGUACGGAGAGCGCCCGCUUGAAAGCGAAGACGACCCCCGCCUUCGCUUCAUAAGCACCUUCAGCGAGCGUGUCACUAUGGCUCUUGCACCUGGCGCACACUGGGUCGAGAUCUUGCCUUGGAUGCGCUACAUCCCUAGCACAUUCGCCGAGUGGAAGCGUACCGCGAAAGCUUGGAAUCGUGCGGCUAACGAUGAGUUUCUUCGCGCCUUCGGGCGCGUCCAAGAGAGCUUCGCUCGUGGCGAAGAUAAAGCCUCGUUUUGCUCGACUCUCAUCCGCGAGGCUGAUCGUUAUGGACUGAGUCCACAUGAGAAUGCCUGGUUGGCAGCUACCAUGUAUUCGGCAGGUGCCGAUACAACGUCCUCCUCCAUGAGCUGGUGGUCGCUCGCUAUGUUGGCAUACCCCGACUUACAGACCCGUGCACAACACGAAUUGGAUAUGGUCGUAGGGCGCGCACGUGUACCAACGUACGCAGACAUGCCCCACCUACCGUACAUCUGCGCGAUGGUCAAGGAGGUUCUUCGCUGGCGGCCUGUGGCCCCACUUGGAAUCCCUCAUCGCACCAUAGAGGAUGAUGUCUACAACGGCUACUUCAUACCCAAGGGAACGAUUGUCAUCGCCAAUAUCUGGGAGCUCAACCUCGAUCCAAAGACCUACGGUCCAGAUAGUCGCCAGUUCAACCCCAGCCGCUACCUUGACGAGGAGGGGCAACUCUUGCCAGGUCCUCCUGGAACAAAGGACGAAGGACACUUCUCCUUUGGGUUUGGUAGACGGGUGUGUGUCGGCAAACACGUCGCCAAUCACAGCCUCUUCAUCCAGAUCGCUAUGUCUCUUUGGGCCUUCACUCUGAAUAACAUCGAGGGUCAGAAGAUCGAUGUGGACGCUUUUCACGACGAGGGAAUUGUUGUACGACCAAUGCCUUUCGAAGUUGACAUCCGGCCUCGGUUCUCCGAGGCGAUGGCUAUACUAUCCGGGGAGUGCGAGCUUCGUGGGCGCUGA